CGGAGUCAGUAUUUAUUGACAUCUCCAGCCAUCACUCCAUCUCUCCUCUCUGUGGACAAACCCGACGCAGCAGACAUGAAGCUGAAGCUGAAGCUCCCGAACCCGGGUCUGGACGAGCGGAUCCCGUCUCACGCCGAGCUGGAGAAGCUGGAGCUGGAGGAGGCUGGAGAGCGGCCGCAGUGGGACAACAAAGCCCAGUACAUGCUGACCUGUGUGGGCUUCUGUGUGGGGCUGGGCAACGUCUGGAGGUUCCCGUACCUCUGCCAGAGCCACGGAGGAGGAGCGUUUAUGAUCCCGUUCCUGAUUCUCCUGGUUCUGGAGGGAGUCCCUCUGCUUCACCUGGAGUUCGCCAUCGGUCAGAGACUGAGGAAGGGCAGCGUCGGCGUCUGGAGGUCCAUCAACCCGUACCUGACCGGAGUCGGCAUCGCCUCCAUGCUGGCCUCCUUCAUCGUGGGCAUGUACUACAACACCAUCAUGGCCUGGGUCAUGUGGUACUUCUUCAACUCCAUGCAGGAUCCUUUACCCUGGAGCCAGUGUCCCGUCAACGCCAACAGGACAGGUCUGGAUCCGGAGUGCGAGCGCAGUUCGCCGGUGGAUUACUUCUGGUACAGACAGACUCUGAACAGCUCAGCGGCGAUCGAGGACUCUGGAGGUCUGCAGUGGUGGCUGGUCCUGUGUCUGUUCUGUGCCUGGACCGUCCUGUACGUCUGCUGCAUCAGGGGCAUCGAGACCACCGGGAAGGCCGUGUACAUCACAUCCACGUUACCGUACGUGGUUCUCACCAUCUUCCUGAUACGAGCGCUGACGCUGAAGGGGUCUCUGAACGGAAUCAAGUUCCUCUUCACCCCAGACGUGAAGGAGCUGCUGAACCCGAGCACGUGGCUGGACGCUGGAGCUCAGGUGCUCUUCUCCUUCUCUCUGGCCUUCGGUGGACUCAUCUCCUUCUCCAGCUACAACUCAGUCCAUAAUAACUGUGAACAGGAUGCCGUGACCAUCUCCAUCAUCAACGGCCUGACCUCCGUCUACUCCGCCACCGUCAUCUACUCCAUCAUCGGCUUCAGAGCCACGGAGAACUACGACGCCUGUCUGGAGAAUAACAUCCUGACGCUGAUGAACGUGUUCGAUCUGCCGGAGGGAAACAUCACGGAGAGCAACUACGACAGUUUCAUUAAUCAUCUCAACAGCACAGCUCCAGCCGUCUUUCAGGAGCUCCAGCUGAAGACCUGCGACAUGCAGACGCUCCUCAGCGAGGGAGUUGAGGGAACCGGCCUGGCCUUCAUCGUCUUCACCGAGGCCAUCACUAAGAUGCCCGUCUCUCCUCUGUGGUCGGUGCUGUUCUUCAUCAUGCUCUUCUGCCUGGGGUUGUCCACUAUGUUCGGAAACAUCGAGGGAGUCGUGGUGCCCCUGCAGGACCUGAACCUGCUCCCUAAAAAAUGGCCUAAAGAAGUCUUCACUGGUCUGACAUGUGUCGUGUCUUUCGUGGUGGCUCUCAUAUUCGUCCAGUCCUCUGGUAACUACUGGCUGGCUCUGUUCGAUGGCUUCGCUGGCUCUAUUCCUCUGCUGGUCAUCGCCCUCUGCGAGAUUAUUGCUGUGGUUUACGUCUAUGGGAUUGACAGGUUUAACAAGGACCUUCAGUUCAUGGUGGGACACAAGCCCAACAUCUUCUGGCAGGUCACGUGGCGGUUCCUCAGUCCCAUCAUCCUCCUGGUCAUUCUGAUCUUCUACUUUGUGACUACAGUCAGCAAACAGCUGACCUACAGCGUCUGGGACCCUGAGUCGGAUAAUUUCCCCACUCUUAAAGAGGUGAACUAUCCCGGCUGGAUCAGCGGCGUCAUCUUCAUCCUGGCCGGCAUCCCCAGCCUCAGCAUCCCAGGACUCGCCGUCAUCCGAGCUCUGUGGAAACGCUGCUCGAGGGACAAGGAGAAGAGAGAAGAGCGCAGCAUUUCUGCAAAAGAGACCAGCGUGAAUACUAUAGCCUAGAUCACAGAGCGUGUGGAGCGAUCACAUGUGAGAUUACACCAGGUAUCGAACUCUUACAUUUGUAGUAUAUACACUCUCAAUUCAUAUAUGUAUAUAUAUAAACCACCUUGUUUUACAAGAAGAAGCUAAUUCCUGUCAAUGUGCGAGACUUGCGCUUUUUCAGCUGGAUGGGGAUUCAGUCCACUAGCCGCUGUGUUAUGAUAAUACUUUAAACAUUUUUAAUAUGUAGGUUGGCUUGAGAAAGACUAGCCUGAAGGUUUAAAGCAGUUUUAAACGAUUGAAGUUUGAAACUAUAGAUUGAAGAUUGAUGUUGAUAACGUUUCUAGCAUGACUAGCAGGUCGCUAGCAUGUUUUUAGCACGUUAAUAACGUUUAGCAUGUUGCCUACAUGUUUCUUGUAGCACGAUUAGCUUGUAAUUAACAUGUUGCUAGUCGUGUUUGUGAUUAGCCGGUUGUUAGCAUGAAGCUAACAUGUUCCUAGCACGCUAUUAGCACGUAGUUGGCACAAGUUACUAGCAUAUUUGUAGCAUGUUACUAGCAUGAUAAGUGUGGUAAAAUGUAUUCGGCUAAAAGCCGUUGCGUCAUGCUAAUAAAUUAAACGAAAAUAAAACAACAGUAAAUACCAGUUUCGGAUAAAAUGACAAGGAAUACUGAUAUCAAAGCGUUUUUAUCUGCUCAGAAUAACGGAUGAGGAGCGAAUGAAACCUAAUUAAGGUGGAUAGAAAACAGAUGGUGUACAGUAGCGUUAUUCUUUAUGUAAAGAUUGCGUGUUAUCGACAUCAUUUCCUGCUGGACACAAUUACAGAACAGUUCGUCCUUUCCAUUUUUAGAGCGUUUAUCUUUCUGUGUUAAAUGAAUAAUGAUCAGAAAGUGAUAUAUGGUGCUCUCUUUGUUCUAACGGAGGUGACAGGCCGGUAACCUGCACUUACUGUAAUAUCUUAUCAGCAGACACUCCAAACAAUACAAUCAGCUCCUGCUAAUAAAGAUAUUAAUUGAGUUCUGAAGGAGCCGGCCGCAGCAAUAAUUCAUUUCCCAAAACUGUUUUCAACAAAACUCUAUUUUACAGUUUUAUAAUUUUCCAACAACGCUGUAGCACUGAAGGAACAAUAAGACGUGGAAGAGUCGUUUUAAAUACAAUUUAUUCUAAACAUUUUCUUUAAGAUUCCACAAAUCUUGCUUAAUUCUAUUUUCAUGACAGGGAUUCUUUAAAGACGUCCGAGCUGAAAGACUUUAAGUUAAUAUACUCAAAUAAAAUCACAAACUGACACGGUCACACGAAAUGUUAACCAAUGAACCAUUUUCUCUUUAGUAAACGUUUUAUUUUGAUUGUUUUUAUUCUGAAAUUAUGUAUUUUAACUUUACAUCGUUAUGAUUUCAUACAUUUUAGUGAGUUUUAUUUUGCCGCAUUCCGUUUUGAAAAUAUUUAUAUUAAUUUGACAUUUUAUGGUUCGAUACAUUUCACGUAAGUGCUCUGUUUUGAUUUGUUUUUAUUGCCACUGUAUUAAAUUAAUUGGACACUUUGAUUCAGUACAUUUGUAGCAUUUUAUUUAGUUUGGUUUCAUUUCCUAAUUAUUUAAGUACGUUUCGUAACUAACUUAUUAAACUUUUUUAAAAAGCUUUCCGUUUUUAAUCAUUUUAAAUGUAUGAAAUUAUUUUUAUGUAACAUUUUACAAUUUUUAUUGUUUUUUUAUUUAAUUAU